UGGAUCUUCAUCGAAAAAUGGAAAAAUGGUUCAGGUGAUUAAUAAAUUGUUUCAAUGGUAGAAACAAGUUAAUCUUGUCUACGGAGCUGCUCUUGGGUUUUGCUCAAAGAGGAAAACCAGAUUUUCUUUUAUCUCUUCUUGUUUACAUUCCUUGUUGUCUUGUUUUCAAUUCUUUCAACAAUUAAUUCCUCUCUUUUUCUGAUAGUUGAUAAAUCAGAUUAAUUGUCUUUGAAUAUUCUCAAGAACCAUGGGAUUAUUCAGCUUCUUUUGGAAUCUAUCAGUGAGAUUAUCACUUGUCUCUUGCAUUUUUCUUGCAAUAUUACCCAAUCUGCCUGAUGAUUUGUUUCCAUCUUUCCCCUUUGAUCCAGUUUCUUAUGAAAUUCCAGCAACUGAUUCAUUUUUCAACAAAAUUAAAUGGAAUUCAUUGAUUAGUGACAAAUCUGACACUUUGAUUGAAUCACAAGUAGUUGGACCAGAAUCAAUUAUUUCCAAAUCAAGUUACAUUUACACCGGACUAGGUGAUGGUCGGAUUGUUGCCAUUCACAAGGAAAAUCUGAAAGUGAAAACAUUAGUUAAUUUAAAUGAUCCUGGUGCCGGUGGUUGUGGUGAUAACGUGAUUAUUAACACAACAACCUGUGGUCGACCUCUUGGAUUGCGAUUUGGUCUUGAUGGAAAAAUUUAUUUUGUUGAUGCGGUCAAAGGUCUUUUCUCAUUUGACUUGGAGACUAAUCAACUAAAUCAUCUUUCCCUUGGAUCUAAAUCAUCAGCUGAUUAUAAGGGAUUUUACAAUGAUCUGGUUUUCGAUCCCAAAAAUGAGGAUAUUGUUUACAUCUCGGUUACUUCGAGUAGAUGGACAAUGGAUUCAAUCAUUUGGUCACUUUUAGAGAUGAGAGCUGAUGGAUUCAUCUUGUCAGUUAAUUUGAAGAAUGGUCAAGUUAACAAAAUAUUGACUGGUCAUCGUUUCUACAAUGGAUUGGAAAUUAGUCCUGAUAAAAGUUCACUUUUGAUUUCUGUAACAGGUGAAUUUAAGAUUCUCAAAGUUGAUCUUAGUGAUAUUGAGAAAUCCCUUGAAACUGGUCAAUCGGUUUCAAGUGUUCAAAUCUUAAUCAACGAUUUACCGGGAAUGCCAGAUAAUAUUCGUGUCUUUGGAAACGAUUUGUACAUUGGAUUACCACUUUUGCGACGCAAUUCAACCAUAAUCGACAACCUGUCAACUCUUCCGAAGAUUAGGAAAAUUAUUGGACGUUUAUCAAAUCUUAUUGACCGAUUUUUGACCCUUCUUCAUGAGAAAGUUUAUCCACAUCCUAAAUUACGAGAAAUGAGUGUCUCAUUUAGAAAUGGGCAUAUCCUUCAUCAGGCAAUUCCAUCAUCAUCAGGUGUUUUAAUCAUCGACGCAAACACCGGAAAACCCAAAAGGAUUCUCGGCUCAUCAACUCAUCCAUCAAUUUCUGAAGCACUUUUAGACACCAGCAACGGUGAUCUUUACCUCGGAUCUUACAGGAACAAUUAUCUUCUCAAGAUCAAAGCUAAAGAUCUUAAAUGAUGAUCGCCAUGAGUCUUUUCGGAACAAUCGUCAUCGGGAAUUGAGCAAUAGUUAACAAAAAAUUAAUCUAAAUGAAAGAGCAAACAACAACAAAUACAUUCUGUCAAUCAUUCCAGCCAUCAAAAGUUUCAACUCAAAUUUUUCAUACAAAAAAUAAAAAUUCUGAUGUGAUGUUA